AUGGCGGAUCUCCAUCACCAAAUCGAAUCACAGCCGGUAAUCGUAGUUCUAGUUCCUCUCCCAUUACACAGCCAUCUAAACCAAGCUUUACAACUCGCCACCCUAAUCGCCGCCUACAAAAUCCCCGUCCAUUACGCAACCUCCGCCACCCAUUGCCGUCAAGCCAAGCUCCGUUUCAAUGGUCAAAAAUCAUCAGAUAUAUCCAACAUCAUCCAUUUCCAAGAAUUACCCGACCCGAUUUCAUCAUACCCUGAAAACAAUCUCCACCCCUCUUUGAACGCCUCCUUAGAAUUACGCCAUCCAAUGACCGCCCUUUUACAAAAACUCUCAUCUUUAUCUAAAAGGGUAGUAGUUAUCAACGAUUCGAACAUGGCUUAUGUUGUUCAAGAUAUUCCAUCAAUUUCAAACGUUGAAUCCUACUCUUUCACCUGCAUAUCUGCGUUCAGUCUUCUUUGUAUACUCAGUCAAGGCAUACUAACAACAGAAGAGACAAGAUUUAGAAAGAUUGUCGGUGGGAUUGAGAAAAUACCACAAAUGACACAAACUGUCACACCUGAAAUACUGAAUUUCUUAGCUGUUCAAUCCCCUUAUGUGGAUCUUAAGCAUGGAGAUAUAAUCAACACGUGUAGAACCUUGGAAAGCUCUUAUCUUGAUCUACUAAAGGAUGAAAACAGAGACAAGAAACCGCAAUGGGCUUUGCCUUUGCAUACUUUGCAUUAUCGGGUCGAUGGGGUCGAUAAGAGCAGAGAUAAAUGUCUUGUCUGGUUAGACAAACAACCACCGAAGUCUGUUUUAUUCGUUUCCUUUGGAUCAUCGACAUCAAUGGUUGAAAAACAGGUGAAAGAACUUGCUGUCGGUCUUAGAGGAAGCAAACAGAGAUUCUUAUGGGUAUUACAAGAUGCGGAAAGAGCAGAUGGUUUGAGCAAGGCUUGGAAAAGUGGAUUGCCAGAUGGGUUUGAAGAGAGUGUGAAGGGAAUAGGAAUGGUUACACGAGAUUGGGCACCGCAAGUUGAGAUAUUGGGUCAUGGUUCGGUUGGUGCGUUUAUGAGUCAUUGUGGUUGGAAUUCGUGUAUGGAGAGUUUGAGUAUGGGGGUUCCUAUUGUGGCUUGGCCGAUGCAUUCUGAACAACCUUAUAAUGCUCUGCUUGUGACCGAGAUGCUUAAAGCUGGUGUUGCGGUUAAGGAAUGUGAUGGGGAUUUGGUGGGUUCGGAUUUGAUUAAGGAGGCGAUUGAAGAGAUUAUGGUUUCUGAUGAAGGAGUGAUUAAGAGGGAAAGGGCAGAGGAAAUUGGUUUGAGUUUGAGGAAGGCGGUUGAAGAAGGUGGUGUUACACGUUUGGAGGUUGAUUCUUUCGUUAAACACAUCACCAGAUAG